AUGUCGCCGUCUCUGGUUACCCUCUGCGCCCUAGGCUUUGGAGCUACGGCUGUACAGGCAGCGUUGGCUCCCAACAGCACAUGGCCUGUACAGUCCUAUAACAGCACUGAUAUUCAUGCCUCCGUCCUCGAGACGACCAAGAUGGGCGAGACAGAUUCCGGAUAUAUCUUUGUUACCCCCUGGAACGGCCGCCGCAGUGGACACCCAUCAAUCUACAAGGAUGAUGGCGAGCUUGUCUGGCAGGGACCUGAGGGAAAUAUCUACGGCUUUCGACCUCAGAACCUGAGCAACAACCCUAUGCUCGUUUACUGGGAAGGAGAUUUCACCGGCACGGGUUAUGGCCACGGUGCUGUCAAUCUUCUCAACAGCUCUUAUCACCUAGUGCACAAGGUCACUCUUACCGAAGGAUACUUUAACACGGGACUGGACCACGAGGUUGAAUCUCACAUCGACUAUCACGAAGGCAUCAUUGAAAACGAGAAGAAGUCCCUCCUCGUGGCCGCUGCAAAUAUCACUCAGGCGGAUCUUCAGUCCGUGGGAGGUCCAAAGGACGGCUGGGUUGUUGAUGGCUUGAUUUACGACAUUGACAUCGAGACGAACAAGGUCCUCUUCCGUUGGAGUGCUGUGGAGCACAUCGACCAGAUCCCAUUCAAGCUAUCUCAGCGUCCGCUAGCUGGUACCGGAACAUCCGAGAAGAAUCCUUGGGAUUUCUUCCGUGUAUCCUCCACUGUCAGAUAUGGAGAUGACUACCUUGUCUCCUGGGACUAUGGAUGCAGUGUCCUGCACAUUGCUCGCAAUGGUUCAGUUGCUUGGAACCUCAAUGGCAUAACUGGCGGUGAUUUCAAAAUGGGACCCAAUUCCAACUUUUGCUUCCAAUACGGUAUACGCCUGGGGAAGACUAUCACGGAUGAGAAGAUCACUCUCUCUAUGCACAACAACGAUAACUCAGAAUUCAGCAAUGGAACGAAACCCACCACUGGACUUAUAAUGGACAUUGACCUUCAGAAGAUGGAAGUCGUUGGACGGCGAAGAAUGUGGAACCACGAACACCCCGUUGUCUCAAGAGAUCUAGGGAGCUUCCAAGCCUUGGAUACUGGCCAUUGUGUGGUACACCACGGUCAAAUUCCACUUAUUGAAGAAUAUAACAAGGACGAUGAACUUGUCAUGCAAAUCCGCUAUGGACAUGAUCUGGUUGAUGCCUCUUAUCGAGUUCACCGUGUCGCCUGGACUGGAAUGCCCGCAACUAAGCCAAGCGUCAAGGCAUGCCGCAAGGCCGGUGAGGAUAUUGUGGUGUACGUGAGCUGGAAUGGCUCAACUGACAUCACGUCAUGGAAGGUUUUCGAGGUGUCUGAGGGUGGCAUGCCAAAGGAGAUUAAGGAUGAGGCUCGGACCGGGUUUGAAACCACGAUACAGGCGCAAUCCGCAGCUGAGAAGGUUCUAGUUGCUGCCGUUGGAGGAUUCGGCGAUGGCGUGGAGUCCGACCCUGUUACUGUUGACCAGUGCUGA